GUCAUUACCCCAGUAACAGUAAACAAGUUGCGCAAUGAGUAUAACUAACCAUCUGGAAACAGACCUCGGCUUAUAGUGUCCACUGGCUGGGACGCACAGAAACAAGGGUUAAAACGGGAAAGAUGGCACGGAAAAGUAGAGAUUUCAUGUUGCACUUUGUGCGCGACUUAAUGGACAAGACUGUGGACGAAGCUGACUUGAUUCACUCUUUACGCCAGAUCAUGAGAAAGGACAAGGCGAAGAACAAAGACAAGGGUAAGAACAAUGACAUACUGUCAAGCUAUAGAUAUAAUGAGAAGGAGAAGAACAAGCAUCAGAAAUUAUUAACGUCAGAUUCAGGAGAGUCGGUGCUUCAUAUUGCCGUCAGCUGUAGAAGGAAUAGAGUUGCCGAGGAAAUAGUCGAUUGUAUUCCAAGUUUAAUCAACUGUGAGAGGAAGGACGAUGACUACCGUGGACAGACGCCAUUCCACAUUGUCAUUGCCAUGGCCCACAGUGAAACUACUGGUCAGCAAAAAUUACUGGAACACAUGAUUAAAAAACUCAAACGUGAAGAUGAACAGAAUGAUAGUCAUCUGCUCAAAGAGGCGAUCGAACGUCGAGUUGUAGGAAAGAAAUUAAGAGGUACUGUGAUGUUAGGAGGGACACCGUUGUCCAUUGCUGCUUUGAAUCAUAACGAAAAUAUAGUUGACCUUCUCCUGGAAAAUAAAGCUGAUCUUUUAGGUUCAAACAGUUUUGGGAAUACAGUUUUUCACUCGUUGGUCCUGUACGUAUCUUUCUAUCCAGGAAAAGAGAGUGACAUCCUCAACAUGUUUGACACGUUGGCACGAAAGAACAAACAGCAUAAAGGUUUAAAGUAUAACAGACAAUAUAUACAACGAGAAAAUGCUCGUAAACAAACAGCGCUCCAUCUUGCUGCCGAGUUGGGUCUGGACAACGUGUUUAAACACAUUCUUGAUAUGGAAGAUGCAUACAAGUUCUUCACUAGUCAUGACGGCGUUUUUGAUAUCUACGAGUGUGAUAUAACAGAGAUUGAUAAGGUAACCUGGGAUAAGGCUGUUCUGCAGAUGUCACCUGACUACAGGAAUACAGACCACAGAGCCGAGGGGCUGGCAAAAGGCAAAGAGGAUUCAGGAAUAAAAACCUAUUGGAAGAGAUUGAGACAAAAUACGAACCAGAGUAUUUUGGAAAUCAUAUGCAGUUUGAAGACAACGACGGCUUAUGCGUUUCUGAACGCCUACACGGUCCAAGAAGUGGUGUACUUAAAGUGGCAGAAGAACUGGCAUUACUACUACAUUGGCCUCUUUCUUCACCUGUCACUGAUGAGUAUCCUCACCUGGCAUUUAGAUCUCAAAGUUGAUGCCAUCCUGGAUCCUGACCCGGCGCAGAAGCAGAUCUUGAACCUCAGGGUUUUGAACAUCAUCUUUAUCGUCAUAAGUCUCCUUUAUGUAAUUCUAGAAAUUCACAGGACAUUCUUUUCGUGGCAACCAUUCCAUAUAACAAGACUGCAUCACAAUGGAGUAUACAGGUGCAUAUUUGUGCUGUUUGGUUUGGCAUUACUGACAGACGCGUCGUGGAAUGUUGUAACUGUUACAAACAACUACUGUCUGGUGAUAGCAUUGAUCCUUGGUUGGUGGUCAACAAUCUUCUUCCUCCGUGGAAUCUCACCUUUCAGCUACGUUACUCUUAUGUUACAGAAAGUCCUUUUUGGGGAUAUGCUGAAAUUUAUACCAAUUAUUUUCAUAAUGAUGAUAGCAUUUACAUGUGCAAUGUACAGUUCGAUGGCGAUAACUCAACCUGACGCUUUUGGGAACUUCUCUACAAGUCUAGUGACGAUGUUUAAACUGAUGACUGGUCAGGCAGAGAUAGAUGGACUUGAGGGAGCAUCACAGCAUGGGUCUAUCCCAGUUUUUGUCUUCUCUGUGAUAGUCAUCCAAAUAUUCCUCCUCAACAUCCUCAUCGCCAUUAUGUCCAGGACAUGCGAAAGUGUUGAGAAUUCAAAUAAACUGUUGUGGCUACAGAGAUUGUCCAUUGUCUUAUUCAUUGAAGGUAUACUGCCUAAAUGUCUGAAGAAGGCCAUGGGGACAGAGCAAAAGACAGAUUAUGGCAGUACGAGAUAUCUUCUCAUAAUUGACCGUUUGAGAGACGGAGACUCAAUGUUCAACAACAUGUUUGAAGAAAAUGGCAGUUUGAAUGCUACAUCACUGCGCAACUUUAUAAACAACCGUAAAAUAGGGGAGGCAACAACACUCCCUGGCACAAACCACAAUCCCGGACCACAAACUAUCCAGCAUCUAUAUAUUGAUGACUAUUUGAAGAGUACAUAAAUAAAUGAAGACAUCAUCGUAAAAGUGACAAGCCACAUACGAAGUGUAACUCAGGAUCAUUGUCAAAAACCUAUAUAUGGCUAAACACAUGAAGGAUCGUGGACUUCGUUCAAGUAAAGGGUACAACCAAUUGCCUUUUAAACAACCGUUAAUGUUCGGCACAUUAUAAAAAUAUUAUCUCUAGAAAAGGUGAGGUGAGACAACUCACGCCUUUUACUUACACAUUUGUUAUUGUAAGGUUUGUGGAACAGUCUACUUGCUUCAAAAUGUGGUGUUUACGAAUCCGGAAAUGUUCUAGACUUAUCACUAGGCAGAAUAUUUCAUGUUAGUUAUUUGAAUCUCAUCUCAAGGUUUGAUAUCCAUGGUAGUUGUGAAAACGUCAUGAAACAUGUACUAUACUUCAAUAUAUCAACUGCGGGUAGAUUUACGGGGAACAUUUUGUAUAUUUAUUAUCUGGAUUUAGGACGUCGCUGUGCUCACAAAUGACGUCAUCGACUUUCACCUAGGAAGAUGUGAACAGAAAAUUACCACUAUUUGUUUAUUUACUAUGCCGAAAACUAGCAUUGUUACGCCAUUGAUAUCAAAUGGAAAACUUGUAAACAAUAUGCAAAGAUGUUGGGGUUUAACUUUACGGUUUCACCUGCAGCUGAAAGAACUAUUUAUGGAAAUGAUAACAAUUAUUAUUGUCAUUUUGUCAUGUAUAUCCUGUGCGAUUUCCAAAUCAAUACAUAUUAUGGAUGUCAGCUGUAACUUGUUUUACUUUAUUCCUGUAAAUAUUCACCAAAUACCGCCUGUCUGAACUUGUUGUGUUUCAUCUGCAGCGAGGGGGGGGGGGGGGGGGUCUGUAGGACGGGUAGUCCAGUCGUCUAAGGCGCCGCAACUAGCUGUGCAGAGUUGCGUCCUUUGGGCACGUCGUUUUUGCCUGGGCUGGGCUGUCUACUCGCUUCUUGCAAACACAAGGACAAAUUGAUGACAGUGACUGUUGUACGGCAGCAAUUGCACUAUCUGUAUUGAAGUGCAAGUUAUCGUCGGACUUAUGUCAUAGUGUUGACACUCCUUUUUAUGAUUUUCGCUAAGAUUUACUCAUUAGCUUUGUAUACGUAUUCACGUUGUCGAUACGUUUUAUUACCAUGUGUGUUUGAGCUGGAAACGCCGCUCAUCGUUGUGCUUGUGAUGUCUGAGAAGUGAUUAGGCUCAUCAUGUAUUUGUUGUGUAUUGUUAACAUGAUGUUUCAAUGUCAUGGAACGGGAUGCCGAUGUUGUAUAUCCUAUCCCGGAAGAGCUAAUGACCUGAUGACUGCUUGGGGACAGAGGGUGGAAAACAGGGGUGGUAUGAUUAAACUGUUUAAAAGUGACAGAUACUUUAGUCGAUUACGACUAGUUGAUAUUGAGACGUAAUCGUCUAUUUUGUAGUCCAAGUGACUCAUUUUAGGGAUGAGCUCUCGGUGUUUAUUUCCCCCUUACUAUUCACUAAUUAGAGGGUGGAGUUAAUUAACUCAUGUGUUAAUUGGUCGCAGCCGACUUAACUGACAGUCUACGCACCUGGUCCGUAUCUUGUCAAAGUGUUGUUUUAGCUAGCCUCCUUUUUAUAGCUGUAAUAGAGUUGUUUGGCUAAAACUUGGUUGCAUAUUUGAGCUGAUAGAACUAACUUGUGAUCUGUGUGAGCGCAAAUGUAUCUUUAAUUGUUUACUAUUAGUACAAUUAGUAGUUAUUUAAUAAACCUGUGAUCGUAUUACCACGUUUUCUUUA